AUGAGUGUCACUCCAAGGGACGAGAGCUUGGUCAAGCGCAAGGUAUAUGAGCUACGUGACUACCCAGAAUCAACCAACCCAGAAGGAUUCAGUUCAAACUACAAGCCAAACGUUCCAAUAGGUAUCGACUUUGGUUCUAAUUCGAUCAGAGCAGGUAUUGUAUCCACUGAGGAUCCAUCACACUCGUUUCCAAACUUGUUGUCCAAAUACAGAGAUAGAAAGCUAAACAAGUCUAUGACAUUCAUCGGUAAUGACGUGUAUCUUGAUCCUUCAAUUAAGAGUCAAGCCAGAUCUCCAUACGAUGGUCCUUAUAUAACAAAUUGGGACUAUGUUGAACAGAUAUUUGAUUAUACUUUUAACCACAUCGGCGUCAAUUCUUCUGGAGGUGUUGAUAAUCCAGUUAUCUUGACAGAAAAGCCUGCUGCUCCGCUUCUACAAAGAAAAAACUUUUAUGAAUUACUUUAUGAAAAUUAUAAUGUUAAAAAACUUGCAAUCGGUAUUGAUAGUUUAUUCUCUUAUUAUCAAAAUAAUGGUUCAAAUGGGUUGGUUAUUGGUACAGGACAUGAAGCAACACAUGUGAUACCUGUUGUUAAAGGAAAAGGCUUAAUGACAGAAACAAAGAGAAUAAACUGGGGUGGACAUCAAGCCUCCAACUAUAUGGGUUCUUUACUCCAAUUGAAAUAUCCAUACUUCCCUACAAAAACUACAAACUAUCAAAUUGAUAAUAUUGUUAAAGAUUUCUGUUAUGUCUCAAAAAAUUAUGAGGAAGAAUUGAAAUCAGUAUUUAAUGUUGAUAUAUUGGAAGACAAAGAUAUAGUUGUUGAAGCACCAUUUACAGAAAUCAUUCAGCAACAGAAAACUGAAGAAGAGCUAGCUCGUCAAGCUGAAAAAAGAAAAGAAAGUGGUAGAAGAUUACAAGAACAGGCACAACAAAAGAGAUUGGAAAAGUUGAUUCAAAAAGAACAAGAAUUUGAAUAUUAUACAAGUUUGAAAGAAAAAAUGGCAAAUAUGAAUAAAAAAUCAACUCAAUCGACUUUAAAAGAAGAAGGAUUCACAGGCGAAGAAGACUUUAACAAAUAUGUCACAAACUUGGAAAAGGCUUUGAAAAGAGCCAGAAAGCAAGACGUUGGUGAAGAUGGUAAUGAUGAAGCUCCAUCUUUUCCUCUUGUGGAUACACCAGAUGAUCAGCUAGAUGAAGAACAAAUCAAAGAAAAGAGAAAGCAAAGGUUGUUAAAAGCUAAUUAUGAUGCACGCCAACGUGCUAAAAAAGAAAAAGAAGAAGAAAAAUUAAGACAAGAAGAGGAAGCUAGAAAGGAUGCUGAAUGGAGAGAUUCCAACCUAAGUGAAUGGAUUCAUGAUAGAAGAGAAAAGUUAAAACAAAUAGUACAGAAAAGAAAAGAUCGUCAAAAGUUAAAAGAAGCCUUGAAUGAUCGUAAAUCACAUGCUGCUCAAAUACGUAUGAAGAAUAUAGCAUCAUUAGCAUCAGAUGAAUCUACAAGAUCGAGUGGCGCCAAACGGAAAAGGGCCACCACAACAAUUGAUAAUGAUCCUAAUGAUACAUUUGGUGCCAAUGAUGAUGAUUGGGCAAUCUAUAGAGAUAUUGCAAAUGUUGACGAUGAAGAGGUUUUAGAGGAGGAGGAAGCACAACUAGUAAAGAUUGAAAAAGAAUUGCUAGAAUAUGAUCCAAGUUUCACUGUUGAAGACACAUUGGAUGCACAGUAUGAUUGGAGGAAAAGUAUUACACAUUUGUUCCUAAGGGGUCCAAGACCUUUUAAUUCAGAAGAUGCACAUGAACAACAUCAAAUGCAUAUAAAUAUCGAAAGAAUAAGAGUUCCAGAAGUUUUAUUCCAACCAAGUAUAGCUGGUGUGGAUCAAGCUGGUAUCAUUGAGAUUGGAGAGAAUGUAUUACUCAAUAGACUUCAAGGAAAGGGAUUUUCAGGUGAUAGUUAUGAUGUCUUGCAAGAUAUUUUUGUUACUGGUGGUCAAGCUUUGUUUGAAAACUUCGAAGAGAGACUUUAUAAUGAGUAUAAGGCAUUCCUACCUGCUGAAGCACCUUUGAAAGUUAGAACUGCAGCUGAUCCACUAUCAGAUUCAUGGAGGGGUAUAUCAAAAUGGACACAGUCUGAUGAAGCAGAUUCUGCUUAUUUAACAAAACAAGAGUAUGAAGAAAUGGGUCCAGAUUACAUUAAAGAACACAAUCUUGGAAAUAUCAAUGUUAUAUAG